AGGCGGGGCCUAUGCCUGGGAGGGGAGGAGUUCGCCAUGAAAGUCCCUUGUUUGCUAAGAUAAACAGAGGAGCUAGGGGGCGGGGCUUAUAACAAAAGCGCGAAAUGUAGGGGCGUGACAAAGAGAAAGUGGUGGGGGCCUAGUCGACAGAGGCGGAGCUAAGUGCCGCAUCCGCUAAGAGGUGCUGCUUAGAACUGGGCAAACAGCUUGGGGUGAGGCACUUCCGUGUGAGAACUGCGUAUUUCCGGUAAAGAUGGCGGCGCCCAGUAGAGUCAGGUGCAGCCUAGUCUAUCUUUAGGCGUGGUGGCAGCUCUAGACCCGGCAAGAAAGUCCAUGGCAGACAAAGGCUCAGGGGGCAGUCGCCUCCCUCUUGCGUUGCCUCCGGCCUCUCAGGGUUGCUCGUCAGGGGGCAGUGGUUCCUCGGCGGGGGGCUCAGGCAACCCCCGGCCUCCACGGAACCUCCAAGGCCUGCUGCAGAUGGCUAUUACUGCGGGUUCUCAGGAGCCAGACCCCCCUCCAGAACCCAUGAGCGAGGAGAGACGCCAAUGGCUGCAGGAAGCCAUGUCGGCCGCCUUCCGGGGCCAGCGAGAGGAGGUGGAGCAGAUGAAGAACUGCCUCCGGGUCCUGUCCCAGGCCACACCCGCAAUGGCUGGCGAAGCUGAGCUGGCCACUGACCAGCAGGAGCGUGAAGGCGCACUAGAGCUGCUGGCAGACCUGUGCGAGAACAUGGACAAUGCAGCAGAUUUCUGCCAGCUGUCAGGCAUGCAUCUGCUGGUGGGUCGAUACCUGGAGGCAGGGGCUGCAGGGCUGCGCUGGAGGGCAGCACAACUCAUCGGCACAUGCAGUCAGAACGUUGCAGCCAUCCAGGAGCAGGUGUUGGGCUUGGGUGCCCUGCGCAAGCUACUUCGGCUGCUCGACCGGGACUCCUGCGACACGGUACGAGUCAAGGCUCUCUUCGCCAUCUCCUGUCUUGUCCGAGAGCAGGAGGCUGGGUUGCUGCAGUUCCUCCGCCUGGAUGGAUUCUCAGUGCUGAUGCGGGCCAUGCAGCAGCAAGUGCAGAAGCUCAAGGUCAAGUCAGCAUUCCUGCUGCAGAACUUGCUGGUGGGCCACCCUGAGCACAAAGGAACCCUUUGCUCCAUGGGGAUGGUCCAGCAGCUGGUGGCCCUUGUGAGGACAGAACACAGUCCUUUCCAUGAGCAUGUGCUUGGAGCCCUGUGCAGCCUUGUGACAGAUUUCCCUCAGGGUGUUCGUGAAUGCCGGGAGCCUGAGCUGGGCCUGGAGGAACUGCUCCGCCACCGCUGCCAGCUGCUGCAGCAGCGUGAGGAGUACCAGGAGGAGCUGGAGUUCUGUGAAAAGCUGUUACAGACCUGUUUCUCUAGCCCUACCGACGACAGCAUGGAUCGCUGAGACCAGGUGGCUCCUUGCUUUCUCUCCGUGGGAACCCCAGGCCUCCUGCCUCCCUCCUUCCCAGGCACUCUCUCUUAAGGGAUUGCCAGGCCUUGUUUGGGCCUGGGCCUGGGCCUGCCAGCCCAUCUCUGGGUAGCCCCCUGGAGGGGUUGCUGAGAAAGGUGCUGGCCCCUUGAUCCCCUCCCUUGCUUUCUGUCAUCCUUUCUUCUCAUGUCCACACUGCUCUUCAAAUAAAAACAUUUCUCCUGCUCCCUUA